GAGACAAGUUUGCAGGCAGGGGACCCGACCUGAAUUUAAUUCCUCUAUAUAAACAUUUCUCUUCUAUCCAAAUCUUCCCUUUUCGCAUCACAAAGACACAAAGACAGACAAGUCCUUCAUACAGACAGCUAUCAAAAUUAUCUACAAACCCAAGCACUUGUCUUUCAUAGCACAAACUCAACGGCACAUCAAUCGUGCCCACCCUCUUUUCAAAAGCGCCAUCAAGCCAAUCACCAUGGUGCUUCCAUCAAUCAUCACUGGCAUCAUUGCCAUCCUCUCUCUGUUCCUGGCCGCUGUGGUCAAGACCAACCCCGACCUCAACUUCCCUCCCCUAGUGGGUUGGGCUUCCCGGUGGCUCCGAAUCACGCCACCAUCCCCCUCCUCAACCCGGCCUCACAGUCGCGAUUACCAAGCGGCUGAUGCCAUGGUAUUCGACUUCCUGACCCCCGCCCAGGAAGAACUCCUUCGGAUGCUUGACCUCUCCCCGCGCGCCCAACCGGCCACUGACCUCCCGAACCUGAACUCGGAGUACGAGUCGAUCGGAUUCCCGUACCGCGAACUCGGCACCCGCGUCCCUGGCACCAAUGUCAACAUUCUACAGGUGACGGCUCUGAUCCUCGUGGUCCUCAUUCUGUUCGGCCUUACCGUGCGUGCCGUGGUACUCGUCCGGCUCGUCAAAGCCAUCGGUGCCGCUCUCCCGAAGUGGCCGGGACAAGUCCUCCGCGCCGGGCGCGAGUCGCUGCUGGAUGCAGCGAAGGAAGUGUUGUCUCUCAAGGAAGAGGCACUCUUUGGCCAGGAGCUCGCUGACCAACCAAGCAUUGAGCGGCUCCUGCAGGUCCAGCAUGCGUCAUCGCUGCCCCUCUCCUCGUCCUCGUCAUCCUCCGAUUCCUCUUCGUCCGACGACGACGACCUCCCCUCCCCUCCCCCUUCGCCCUUACUCUUCGGGCUGCCAGAGUCCUCGCUCUCGCCUCCCAGCCCGACCUCCCAGUCAGAAUCCCCCCUCACCCCCACCGACGACGCCGAAGCCGAUGAUGGCACCAACAACAAGUCCAGCCGUCCAGCCUGCCCUCUUCGUCUGCAAGGCAAGCUCGAGGAGGUUGAGGGCUUUGACGCUGGCGACGACAGCGACAGCAACGACGACAGCGACAGCAAAGACGACAGCAACAACGACGGGGGCUCGGUGGCCAUCAUCACCACCCCCUUCCAGGCAGAACCUCACCCGAUCCAUCGGGGUUCGCUCAUUUUCGGGCCAAUUCGCCGUCCCUCUCCUACCCAGUCCUCACCCUCCGGUUCUCGUUCGGCCUCAUCAUCGGCCCCGCCCUCGCCUUCCUCUCCCUCCUCGCACACGCCCUCCUCGCCCUCACCAUCGCCAGCCAGUUCCGGUCCAGCCACCUCCGCCCCCUCUGACAAUCAGCAGGGCGUCGUGCAACUGAAGCCCUCGGAUGACGUGGACUGGAACUGGUCCAGUCAACCAACCUCCCUAGACUCCGGCAACGACCAAACGUCAAACUUAGUGUUGUCGGAGGAAGGCUUGGAACGCCUUUUGGAACGCCUCACGCCCGGGUACACCUGCAAAUACGUGCCCGUCAGUAAUCCAUCCGCCGAGGCCUUCCUUAUCCGUCGGGGCCUCAACCAGACAGGGACCGCUGCUCCGUCCAGCCAGGGCAGCAUGUCCAGCGGCUCUCGUCAAGCACGACUUUGGCGGCCCUUGUUGAGGGUCCCUUCGGCGGAGGAACCGGCCGUCGUCCUGGCAGAAGCAUCCGAGUCGGACGAGGCUUUACAGGACUGGGUCCCGGGUUCCACUGGUCCAGGCACGGCACCCGCCAUAUCUCAUGGGGAUGAGAGUGCUGAUGCGGGUGCUGUGGCCUCUGAAGAAAAGCCCACCACAUCUGUUGGGGAAGAGAUUGUUGCUGCGGCAGAUUCCGACGCGGUGACCGCCACAUUUCAUGGGGAAAAGAGUACUGACGCGGGAGCCGUGAUUCUGGAAGAGACAGAGUCCGCUACAUCUCAUGAGGAUGAGAGUGCUGAGCGGGAUGCUGUUCUCUGGGAAGAGACGGAGGACGACGCCACAUCUCAGGAGGAAGAGAGUGCUGUUGCGCCCGUUGUGGUGUCCGCCACAUCUCCUGGGGAGGAGAUUGCUGAUGCGGCAGAUUUGGGAGGGGUCGAAGAGGAGCAGCCCAUUGCUACCAUGGCCAUCAUCGCGACAGGCGAGUCGUCCAGCCCGGCUCCGGUCAUUUCACCGGUCUCCGGACCAGCUGUCUUUGCCCAGCCCUCACCCGUCCAGCCGGCCGCUGAGGCGGCUUUCAAGCACAAUCAGGUUGAGGGAAGGCAGUUGGUACGCCGGAUUGGACGAGCCAGCACUGCGAGUUCCAGGUGGACCCCCUACGGUGCUUGGUCUUCGGUUCGGUUUUCGGUUCGGUCUUUGGUUCGAUCUUCGACUCGAACUUCCACCCGUUCCCCGGCGAGGUCGCCGCCUCCAGUACCCGGACCCGUACCUGCACCCAUAAUCCUCGCCAAGUCCGCUAUCGCUCGCACUCCGUCACCACCCACAUCACCAGCACAUGUCCAAGUCCCUGGUCCGGUUCUCGCUCCCGUUCCCGCACACCUCGUCGUUCCGCCUGUCGCACUCAUCAUAGCACCGCCAUCCCCUUCAUCGCUUGCCCGUCAAGAAGAUGUGGACAUAUCACCGCAUUCUUCACCCCUCUCAUCCUUUAUGUCCGACGAGGGGCUCGACGCGAUAGAGGCAGAGUUCAAUCUCAACGAUGAUGGGGACAUGGCGCUGGACGUCAUGGAGGCGGACAAUGACAACGACGAGGAGUUGCUUCUGGACGUAGAGCUGGGCCAGGAGGCUGAUAUUGCCCGACAAGCCGCAGGGUUGGAGUACGACGAGCUGUACGACGAGCCGCUGGAGGACGCGCCGGACAACGACUUAAUGGACCAAUGGCUGGACGACGAUGUUGAGACUCGUGUGCUCGGUCUUUCCUUCGGCUCUUCCAUCGGCUCGUUGCCGGAUGGAUCGAUGAACGACGCCGCCCCGGUUCCUGUUCCCGUUGCUCCUCUGACAAUCACAAAUCCUUCGGCCUCCCUCGGUCCCUCGCCCUUCUCCUGGCUUUCGAUCCCGGUUCCCACCGCGCCCGCAGCUACACCCGCAUACAAUCCCACGCCCUCCACCUUUGACUUCGCCGCCUCCGCUCCCGCCUCAUUUCCCUUUGCCGCACUGACAACCACGGCUUCGAACCCCACCUUUACCGCCACCUCCCCCAGCUCUGCAUUCAUCUUUUCCGCAGACCCAAGCACUCCCUCUUCCGCGCUAUCCAGAGCACCGCAGCCAACAGCAUCAUUGAAGCGAUCUCGUCGCCCUGGUGCUCCGCGAUGUGCAGCGCCCGCGAGUCGUCCCGCCAAACGGCCCUUUCCAGAUGAGGAAGGCCCUGGAAACCGGGGGAAGGCGACGUGGGGGGAGGAGGAAGUCGGCAAUUCGGACUUCAAGCCUCGACAGAGGAACCACAGCGAUCGCAGCAUGGAGGUGCAGCGGGACUGUAACAAUGGGUUGCACGGGAUAGACGCGUGGAUUGGCCAAGCGGAGAGGGAGGAGCUGGAGAAGUUGUGGGCCAAGGGGAAGCGGCACAUUGAGGAGGCGAGGCGACUCGCGGAGGAGGUGACGAAGAAGGAGAGGCGGUUGUGGGAGCCGGAAAGGAAGAAGCAGGGAGGAGGAGGAGGAGGAGGAGGAGGAGGAGCGUGUCGUCCAGGCCUAUUCCUCGAAGAGGAAGGUCUGGAGGCAGUAUUUCACGGAGGGGAAGUGGAAAGACCCGGUGGCGAAGAGGCUCUUAGAGGAGCUGACGCAGUUGAAAAGGCAGAUGUCGAAGGAGAUGAGGAAGAAGGUAGUGGUGGAGGAGGAGGAGUGGGCAGAGUGGGGGGAUGUGGGGUAGUGGGGGGAGUGAGAAGAGUGAGGUGUGGUCGACGGAGGACGGUGAUGGGGAGGGUGGUGAUCAUGAGGAUCCCCCUCCUCAUCUACGGUCGGAGAAACACGGCAGUUGAACGACGGAUCAAGAACAUUCAUGGCUGGUCGUCGUGGUUUCUCCUUCCGUAGCUGCCUGGAUGGCGUGUCGUCAGGGGAUGUGGAGUUGGGCCGGGAUGGCCAGUUCGUUUCUUUUCGUUUCUUCGUGCGCUGGGUUCUGGGUUCUGGACCCUACGGGGCCACAAUAUAUUUAUCGGAUA